AUGGAUGAUCAGGAGUUGUACAGUCGUCCCAGCACACCUGGGGAUAAGGAGAGAAGUUUAUCAUUUUCGAAAUUGAUUCCUCGUUCGUUCCGACGGAAUGUUAGUGGUGCUAGUGGGAAUGGGAGCUCUAAUACGAGUCAUUCCAGUGUCAAUGUACAAGAGCAGUUUCAACAAGAAACCGUAGAAGGAUCUGACACAGAAGUCACUACAAAGGUUGUUGUAGCAGGGGUUGAAGAGGAACAGGAUGUGGGAGUACCGGAUUUGACGUCCUCUGUUUCUUCCACACAAGCCCAACAGAGUUCGAGGUUUUCGAGGUUCAAAAGUAUAUUUCAUGGGAGCCCCAAUGAGAACAAGAGUGGCGAAAAGUCGAGGAGGAAUACUAGUCCGGUGGAGGAUCAACAAGAUUCUGAAUUUCAACAGGAGCGCAUCGAUGAGGAUCAAGCAGAGGAUAGUAAUUUGAGUGUUGGGUCUGCAGUCUCAAACCUUACGCCUACGACAAGGAAGCGGUCGCCGUCUACACCUACAAUGCCUACCCAUUUGACUUCUGCAGGCGGUAAAAAUUUAGGGAGACAAGAAAGUAGAGGACAUACUGGUAGUUUCAGCACAAACCCUUUCCGUAACGAUCGAGAUCGUUCCGGUACAAUUCGCAGCAAUAAUCCAUAUUUCGUCUACCAAGGCUUACCGCCUCAUGCAUUAUCGUCACAGGAUCUCGAUUACAGCUUGAAUUUAUCUUCCAGCAAACAUGGAGAUUCCUUGUUGGCAACUACUUCGGUAACUACACCAACCUCAUCGGCCACUUCUGCCGCUUUACAGAAGGAGCAUAAAAAUUUAAGCAACUUGUCGCUCAACGAGAUUAAAGAGAAUGAAGAAGUCAAUGAAUUUUACAAGAAUGAUAGCUCACCUGGGAAGAAAGAUGUGAAAGCUGGAAAGUUUGAAAGCCCGUUGCUGACCCCAGACAGUGCACAACCGUUUCCUUCCAUCGUGAUAGGUUGUGAUAAUGAAGGCGAUGAGGACGAAAUAUUCCCACUAAGCCAGUCCGCUCUAAGCUCACCUUAUAACGGUCAUCUGAAACAACGUUACCUAGACGAUAAUGAUCUGCGGAGUAAGCCAGCGCUGAGAAGAGCAGCAUCCGUUCCGGAUGCGACAAAGGAUCUGUCCCCUAUGAAUUCUGGUAAGCAAAGAGGUAACUCUUCAUCUUCAGCUUUCGCACCUUUGGAGAAACUUCCGGAUCUUGAGGAACCAAAGCGCUCAAGACGGUUGAGGAAUAAAUCAUUUAGCAAUAAGUUUCGUGAUAUUACCGUGGGUCCCCAAUCAUUCGAAAAAGUAAGACUCUUGGGUCAAGGUGAUGUGGGAAAAGUAUACCUGGUGAAGGAAAAGAGGACUAAUAGGCUUUAUGCGCUAAAGAUUUUCAGUAAAGCUGAAAUGAUCAAGAGAAAGAAGAUAAAGCGUAUUUUGGCAGAGCAAGAAAUUCUCGCAACUAGUAAUCAUCCUUUCAUUGUGACCUUGUAUCAUUCAUUUCAAUCCGAAGACUACCUAUAUCUGUGCAUGGAGUAUUGUAUGGGAGGAGAAUUUUUCAGGGCUCUGCAGACAAGGAAGACAAAAUGCAUUAGUGAAGAUGAUGCUCGUUUCUACGCCAGCGAGGUUACCGCAGCACUGGAAUACUUGCACUUGAUGGGUUGCAUUUACAGAGAUUUGAAGCCUGAGAAUAUUCUGCUGCAUAAAUCGGGUCACAUCAUGCUUUCAGAUUUCGAUUUGUCAAUUCAGGCGAAGGAUGCCAAAAAUCCAGUGGUUAAAGGUUCUGCUCAAUCAACCUUGGUGGAUACAAAAAUUUGCUCGAACGGUUUUAGAACUAAUUCAUUUGUGGGAACAGAAGAAUAUAUUGCUCCAGAAGUAAUCAGGGGCAACGGACAUACAGCCGCUGUUGAUUGGUGGACUCUAGGUAUCUUAACCUACGAGAUGUUGUUCGGUUUCACCCCUUUCAAAGGAGAUAACACGAACGAAACUUUCUGCAAUAUAUUGAAAAGUGAAGUAACCUUCCCUAACAACAACGAAAUUUCACGAGCAUGCAAAGAUCUCAUAAAGAAACUCCUGACAAAGAAUGAGUCGAAGCGUCUGGGAUCCAGAAUGGGUGCUGCCGAUAUAAAACGCCAUCCAUUUUUCAAGAAAAUGCAGUGGUCCCUUCUAAGGAAUACUGAGCCUCCGCUGAUCCCUGUACUCACUGAAGAUGGUUAUGACUUUACUAAACUAUCGACAAACAAGAAUAAAAACAACGGUAAAUCUGAUGCUAACCCAUCUCUAGAGGAACAAGAGCGCAUUAUGUUCGAGGAACACGUCGAAUAUGAUGAUGAAGUGUCCGAUGAUGAUCCUUUCCAUGAUUUUAAUUCAAUGAGCUUAAUGAAACAAGACAACAACCCGUUGAUUUAUGGAGAUAAUAAUUCCUAUGGUAAAAUUUCAUAUACUCCGAACUCGAAUAGAUCAAGGAGUAACAGCCAUAAGGGUUUCUUCAUGAGAUGA